GCCCGCGGAGCCGGUGGGAAGGUUGAAGGGUCCUUUCUCGGCAGGGCCCGCCCCUUGAUCCAGUCGGGGCCCGUCGCUCGGAUCCAAACCUUGCUGGCAGCUGGAGUCUGAGCCCACGCGAGCUAAGAUUUAAGAAUGACUUCCCUCUUGACUUACACUUUAAAAUAUCUUCCCAGUACAUCACAAUGGACCCUCAGAUUUUCUAUGAGACCUCUGAGCUGUUCCUCCCAGUUACGAGCUGCCGCAGCUGUCCAGGCGAAAUCGAAGCGAACCUUAGCCAAACCCAACCUGAGGAACAUUGUGGUGGUGGAUGGUGUCCGCACUCCAUUUUUGCUGUCAGGCACUUCAUAUAAAGACCUGAUGCCACAUGAUUUGGCUAGAGCAGCGCUUUCGGGUUUGUUGCAUCGGACCAGUGUCCCAAAGGAUGUUGUUGAUUAUAUCAUCUUCGGCACAGUUAUACAGGAAGUGAAAACAAGCAAUGUGGCUAGAGAGGCUGCCCUUGGAGCUGGCUUCUCUGACAGGACUCCUGCUCACACUGUCACCAUGGCUUGCAUCUCUUCCAACCAAGCCAUGACCACAGCUGUCAACUUGAUUGCUUCCGGCCAGUGUGACGUGGUCGUGGCAGGCGGUGUAGAGUUAAUGUCUGACGUCCCUAUUCGCCACUCAAGGAAAAUGAGGAAGAUGAUGCUGGAUCUCAAUAAGGCCAAGACGCUGGGUCAGCGACUGUCUUUAAUCUCUAAAUUCAGAUUGAAUUUCCUGUCACCCGAGCUUCCAGCAGUGGCCGAGUUCUCCACCAAUGAGACCAUGGGCCACUCUGCAGACCGACUGGCUGCCGCCUUUGCUAUUUCUCGGCUGGAACAGGAUGAGUAUGCAUUGCGCUCACACAGCCUGGCCAAAAAGGCACAGGAUGAAGGACUCCUUUCUGAUGUCGUGCCCUUCAAAGUACCGGGAAAAGAUACAGUUACUCAAGAUAAUGGCAUUCGUCCUUCCUCCUUGGAGCAAAUGGCCAAACUAAAACCUGCAUUCAUCAAGCCCUAUGGCACAGUGACAGCUGCAAAUUCUUCUUUUCUGACCGAUGGUGCAUCUGCAGUGCUGAUUUUGGCAGAGGAAAAAGCUCUGGCCAUGGGUUAUAAACCGAAGGCAUAUUUGAGGGAUUUCGUGUACGUGUCUCAGGAUCCGAAAGAUCAGCUUUUACUUGGACCAACAUAUGCUACUCCAAAAGUUUUAGAAAAGGCAGGAUUAACAAUGAAUGAUAUUGAUGCUUUUGAAUUUCAUGAAGCUUUCUCAGGUCAGAUUUUGGCUAAUUUGAAAGCCAUGGAUUCUGACUGGUUUGCACAAAACUACAUGGGUAGAAAAGCCAAGGUUGGAUCGCCUCCUUUGGAGAAGUUUAACGUCUGGGGUGGAUCACUGUCCCUGGGGCACCCGUUUGGAGCCACUGGCUGUCGGUUGGUCAUGGCAACUGCCAACAGAUUACAGAAGGAAGGAGGCCAGUAUGGGUUAGUUGCCGCCUGUGCAGCUGGAGGGCAGGUAUGUCACAGAAGCUUCAUAGGAGCUUCCAGAAAGUCAUUUUCUUGGAAACAAAGCAAAUUCAUCCAAGAAUGUUUGAUUUAGCUUAAUUUGAAACAGUCUUAGAGCGAUUUUUCUGAUGACAGACAACUGAGAAAAAAGCAGCCCAUUUUUGUGGGGAGGGAGUACAACUUUAAUUCUGAUAGUACUUUGAAAGGAAGAAUCUAUUUAAAUCCAAGUUAUUUUUUUCCCCUAAAAUAAUGUUUAUGUUUUUUGUUUAUAAAAGUUAUAUAUGCUCCUUAUGGAAAUUAUGAAAAUACAAAAAGUAUUUAGAAAAUAAAAUUACAAUCACUUAUAAUCCCCUCAUCAGACACUAUCAUUAUUCACACUUCGAUAUAUUUUCUUCUUUAAUAAUAAAAUUUUAUCCAUUUAUGUAGUCACCAUGGGACGUUAUCCAUAAAAUCUCUCCAAGUCUUUCUUGAGAACUGAACUAUACCUUAAUGGAGAAUUAAUUUGCCUCUGGAUAACCUAUUGCUCUUUAGCUGAGGAAAAUUAUGGUUUUCUACAGUUUUUUUCUAUCUGCUUUACUUGUGUUACUGACGAAACUUCCUACAAAACUUCCUUCUUUUUUUUUUUCCCAACCCUGAUGGAAACAGAUUUGAUUUUUCUCCAGAUAACAGAAACUAUCUGUUGCCGACCAAGAUGAAUAAGAUAUGUAAAAGUAUAAACAUCUUACAUUUAAAAGCCUUUAUUUAUGGCUUUUUCUCAGAGACUUUGAAGAAGCAAGGGAUCAGUUAUUUUUAGGUUGGAAUAUUUUAGACUUCACAAUCAGAAGUAUUUUCUAAUCUGUUGUAACUUCAUUUACAGAAAACCAUGGUAAAUCAGGACUGGAGCCCUCCCUCUUAUCUUUCUAUGCCAAAUUUAAAUGCGGGAGGUAACUAGUGCAUAGCAUUGUACACAGUGCAUAGUCCACAUAGGUUAAUGUCCUUUGGUUUUGAGUGUUUGUUCCCUAAUUUUUUAAUCUAGCACAUAGAGGAUUAAUAACACAAUACUAGGUGCUUUUGUGGAUGAACAAAGAAUAAUAUCCAGUAUUAUUACUUACCUCUAGAAGUUUACAGUAUAGUGAAGAAGGACAUGAUGCAUCUUAGAAACUAGAUUAAACUUGGCAUUGUUUCAUCAAGAGCCAAAUGCGUGCUACAAACAUGAUUAGAUCAAAGGAGGAAUCCAUCAUUGUGGCUCAGGGUUUCUCAGCUCUGGCACUAGUAACAUUUUGGGCCAGAUAAUUCUUUGUUGCGGGUGAGGGGACUGUGCUGUGUGUUGUAGGGUGUUUAACAUGGUCCCUACCCACUAGAUACCA